UCCGUCCGCCAGUCCGCCAUCUCGUUCUCAAAGCCCUAGAUCUUUCGUCUACAAAAUCCCAAUUAUUCUUCCAAUUCCAAACGCUUCCAUUGCAAUGGAUACCUCUCUGGUCGCCGGAACGCUUUCAAUGGUCGCCAACAACGGCGUCGGGUUCGCUAAAUUCCUCAAUCGCCUCGAUAUCCUAUCCAAUUACAGUUUCUCCGCUACCGAUUCAAUCACCGACCAGAUCCCACCGUCUUCCGCCGCUGGAGCUCUUCAAUUAUCGGCCGCUCUGUUCCCCGUCGCAACCAUUGCUCCGCCGCCUGUCAAAUCGAUUUCGUGCCGAUCGUCCUCUCGGAUGUUUCUCCGUAGAAAACGACGCACGAAGCGUAGAUUGUACAGCGGCGAUGAUUCCGAGGGCGGCGAGGAUAAUGGAUUCGACGGCGGCGAUUUUGACGGACCGUACGGUGGAGAUGGCGGCGGAGGCGGCGGUAGGGGUUGGAAUUUCGAUAGAUUUGAGGGGAGUGAUUGGGACGAAUCAUCGUCGUCUUCUACAUCUUUGAAUCCUGCGUAUUAUUUCGUUUACGAAGUGGUUUGUUGGAUCGCGCUCUCGAACUGUGUGCAUUUUGCGUUCAAGAAGGUUGUUAGAUUUGCAGCUGAAGCAAUUGGGAACUCCGAAAGGGUAAAAUUGUUCCUGAGAUUGAUCUCUGUUUGUUGAUUGCUGCAAUUCUCUUCACAACGAUCAUGCUUGAAUUGUAUAUUUUGUAAAUAUUCAUAUUGAUUUAUCUUUUUCUUACUGUUCUUCACUUCUAAUUUAUGGAUAUUCAUUGAAAUUA